GCCAAAUGUAUGCGAGAGAUUUUAUGUACGGAGUAUUAUUAUGUGAUGUGACGCGCUCAUCUACUUUCUUGCAUGGUGGAAGUUGUAGGCUUGUAGCACCGCAUGUGGCAUUGAAGACAGUAAUGGGUGAUUCAAGUACCAAGUAGCACACUACUACUCUCGCUAUGGCUGAUUCAAGACUAUCUCUUUUUCAUCUUUCCCUCCUCACUUCUAGAAAUUCUAGGAAGCGUAGCACUCUCCUCUAUGGCAUGUUCAAGUCUAUCUCUGCUAUCUCUUUUUCUUCUCGCGCCGCUCUCCCUUGCCACCUUCCUUUACCUUAUCGUCCGGCCUCGUCCUGUGAAAGUCCCAAUCAAGAACCGCCACGUAUUCAUCACUGGCGGCUCCAGUGGCAUUGGCUUGGCCGUAGCUCACCUCGCGGCUUUAGAAGGUGCCAAGGUCUCGCUACUAGCUCGGAGUGCCGAGAAGCUGGAGAAUGCCAAGCGCGCGAUCCGGCUCGCCACCGGAUGCGACGUCGCAGUGUUUAGCGCCGAUGUCAGAGAUUACGACGCCUUGAAGAAGGCAGUAGAAGAGGCCGGCCCUGUCGAUGUUCUGGUCUGUAAUCAGGGGGUUUUUAUGGCGCAGGAGCUGGAGACUCAGGAUCUGGAUGAAGUCAAGCUCACGAUCGAUGUGAAUUUGACGGGGACUUUUAAUUUGAUCAAAGCGGCAUUGCCCGGAAUGAAGAACCGGAGAAAUCCUGGACCUGGGUCAAUUGCGAUUAUGUCAUCCCAGGCCGGACAGGUUGGGAUCUAUGGUUAUACAGCCUACUGUGCUACUAAAUUUGGCCUUAGGGGUAUGGCAGAAGCAUUGCAGCAGGAGGUUGUUGCAGAUAACAUUCAUGUAUCCCUAAUAUUUCCUCCAGACACUGAUACUCCUGGCCUUGAUGAAGAUAACAAAACGAGGCCACAGCUAACACGUAUAUUAGCUGCUUCUUCUGGUACAAUGAAAGCUGAAGAAGUUGCCAAGAAAGCUUUGGAUGGAAUUAAAUCUGGAAAUUUUUUUGUUCCGUGCAACCUAAAGGGGUUUGAACUAGCCAUAGCCACCGCUGGUAUGUCUCCUCAAAGGUCAUUCCUCAUGGCCUUGGUAGAGGUGUUGGGAGCUAGCAUAAUGCGUAUUGUGGCUCUCUGCUUCCACUGGAAUUUGCAUAGAAGCAUUGAAAAGCAUCAUCAUGUGAUGAAGAAAUAGUAUGUUACUCCGUAUAUAUUUGACCGUAUAUAUGGUGUUAUUUCGUUACUUCUAGUAUGUUGCUUUUUUUCUUGAAUAGCAAUGAAGUCCUCUGUCUGAUCUAAGCACUUGGUCUAGUACCCGGAGUGUUGAUUUUGUCAUAUUAUUGAUUUGAAAAUUUAGGGAACGCAAUAGUGUUGGAAAAAUGCUCUUUGUCGUACAUAAGAGUGUUGCAGUUAUUUUUUUUUGCGAGGAAUUGGAACCAUUGCAGUUAUAAUAUACUAGUAUAUAACUACUAAUAGCAUUAUGGGUAUUAC